AAAGCAACUGAGUAGAGAGAGGAGAGAGCACCCACAGGAUCUACAAUUAGUAUUACUACUCCUACUAUUAUUAUUAUUAUUAUUAUUAUUAUUAUUAUUAUUGUUAUUCUGCUAUUAAAAAAUUAAGCUUUCAUUUAAACUUGUGUCUCUCCCACUCACAGAACUCCUCUGGGGAAAAUGGAAGAUUUGGGGAAAGUAUUUCCAUUUAAUGUCAGGUCUUCAUUCAUGUUUGACUCCUUGGUAAAGUGGAGCGGAACGUUUGGGCGCGUAAUUGGACUUGUUCGUUGUUCCUGUGAGUGAAAUGAAAAAGGUCUGCAAUGAUUUUGGCUUUGAAUUAACUAUGGGCGCGCACAUCCUGGAGUCCAACUCCAGCGGCAACUUGACUCCCGCGGUGUCCGAGGCUGGGACCGUCCUCCCCGGCUACCUGGCGGUGAUCUUAUCGGUCCUCAUGGUGACUCUGGUUGUCGUUGUGGUGGCUGGAAACGCGCUGGUCAUCAUGGCUUUUAUUGUGGAUAAAACCCUGAGAAAUCAAAGCAACUACUUCUUCCUGAACCUUGCUAUAUCUGAUUUUCUUGUGGGUGCCUUCUGCAUCCCGGUGUACAUCCCGUACAACCUGACAGGCCGGUGGAUGCUGGGUAAGGGUCUCUGCAAGGUGUGGCUGGUCAUGGACUACCUGCUCUGCACCGCCUCAGUCUUCAACAUUGUCCUCAUUAGUUAUGACCGCUUCCUGUCAGUCACAAGAGCAGUUAAAUACAGAGCACAGAGAAACAUGACCCGCCAGGCUGUGUUCAAGAUGGUGGCGGUGUGGGUGCUGGCCUUCCUCCUCUACGGCCCCGCUAUUAUCUUCUGGGAGACAGUCGUCGGCCAGAGUGUCGUCCCGGCUCAUGAGUGCUAUGCCGAGUUUUAUUUCACCUGGUACUUCCUGCUCAGCGCUUCUACCUUUGAGUUCUUCACCCCGUUUGUGUCUGUGGCUUUCUUCAACCUCAGCAUUUACCUGAACAUCCAUCGCAGGAACAAGAGCGGAGGCGCCUGUGCCGAGGAUGACGCCAAGACGCAGAGGAUCAGUAAGAAGCACAGAGACGGAGGAGGCUGGUCUGUGUUUUUUGUGAAGACUCGGAAGGUGUCGUCCAGUGAGCCUACCGCUAUCUCUGCAGUUAUCGAGGACGACGAUGUCCUGUCCCCUUCCUCCAGCGGGGAACCUAAUACCAGUCAGAUAUUCAUGCAGAGGGAGAAGUUCUCUCCUAAUAGAAAAAACUCCAGGCUGUUUCAGCAUACAGCCUCCUGCAUGGCGCCUGGCCGCAGAACACAGGGAUCGCGUCUUUCACGAGACAAAAAGAUAGCAAAAUCUUUGGCCAUUAUUGUGUGCAUUUUUGGGAUUUGCUGGGCUCCUUACACUCUACUUAUGAUUAUUCGUGCCGCCUGUAGUGGUGCAUGUGUGGCGGACUACUGGUACGAGAUUACAUUCUGGCUUCUGUGGCUGAACUCUGCCAUCAACCCGUUCUUGUACCCUCUGUGCCACAGCAGCUUUCGAAGGGCUUUCUCAAAGAUACUGUGUCCCAAAAGACAUUCAGUCCAGCCUCAGAUUGAGGCUCAGUCUUGUUAGAUGAACUCAAUUGCACUUUCAUGCUUUAUGAAUGCAGUAACUAUUGUUGGUCAAACACUGUAAAAAACUAAAAUCCAUAUAUUGUUCUUCCAUCACAAAAAUUCAGUUCUCAAAAAUAAGCAGUAAAGUGAGUUGCACGAGGAUUGUCACAGCAUAUCUGACAGCAAUACAACAAUUCACCAUACAGUGAUUGUGAAAACUUGCAGUUAUAAUAUCUUUAAUGACAGGGUGAAGCAUGGGGACUUGUAUGGCACCUUUGAAAGACAUAAUUGCCUUUGAUUAAAGCGCUCCAAAGAGCCGAUGUCAGAUUUUUCAAAUGGUGUACGUCUUCAUUUCAGAAUGUAUGCUAACCUUCAUAGACAAUCUCGGUAAGUAGGACAGGAAGGAGUGACGUGGUUGAGGCUUUCUCGCUACUCAGUUCUUUAUGUGCUGAAGGCUGUGAAAUGAUUACUUAUGCAUCCAGAUAGAAUUUGAUGACCAUAAUUUAGUCUAAGAUAUUAUAUGAGAACUACAGCACUCCACGUUGUUAAAUUAUGGUCUGUCUGGAUGAAAGUGCGGAGGAUGGAGGAAACAGCUUCAGCGAACAUACAGUUUUGUCACAGGGCUGCUGUGACAAGAAAACCUUUCAACUCCUAUUUAGAUCAAAUUGACGUGAGGGAAAGAUUUUAUGGUCUUUUAUGGUUUCAUAAAGUUUGAUAAUCUCUCUGCACACAAAACCUUUUCUCAACACACUGCUGUUAAUUUGAAACAGAAGGCCAUUUUUUUUCAGAAAGAUACUUUACAAAUCUUUUCAUCGUGCAGUAAAAGGAUGAUAAAUGUGGAGUCCUCAAAGUUCAAAUCAACUGAAAAACAAAGAAGAAUGACCUGUAUUUGUUUACGGACUACUGAGUGAACCUUUAUCCCAGUGAUUUUUUAUUUAAUUUUAUCUGAAAAGUGGGCUAUGGGCAGGGGGAAUCAGCACCGAAUCUGCGCUUCAGUUGAAAAAGGUGUUCUUGUUGAUGUUACAAAUGUACAGCACUAUAAAAUGAGAGCAGCAUUAAAACUUUUGUACAAUAAUACCUAUGCCAAGCUAGAUGGUUGUGUUCUUUAAGUGCAGUAUUUAUUUAAAGACUUGACUUGACCCAAACUACUUGACUACUUUGUAUGUUGGCUAUGAGUGUGUGUCAGUGUCAGUAGCCAAAGAAAGAAUAAAAGGAAAACUGCCUACAGGCUUUGUAAGUGUACAUGUUGUAGAAGGAAUAGUAUAGGACAUUUUGGGAAGUACCACCUAUUCACUUUCUUGCCGAGAGUUAGAUGAGGAGAUUGAUACCACACACUGCAGCCAGCAACUGGUUAGCUUAGCUUAGCAUAAAGGCUGGGAACGGGACAACGGCUAGCUUGAUUUUGUCUGAAGGUAACACAAUCUAAAGUU